AUGGAAGGAAACAUGGAAAAAAAAAGUAGGGGUCGUCAGAGGAUCAAAAUGGCCAAGAUGGAAAAUAAGAGUAACCUUCAAAUUACUUUCUCCAAAAGAAGAUCCGGUCUUUUCAAAAAAGCUAGUGAGCUUAAUACACUUUGCGGUGCAGAUAUUGCCGUUAUUGUGUUCUCACCCGGUGGAAAAGUCUAUUCUUUUGGUCAUCCAAAUGUUGAAAUCAUGGUUAACCGAUUUAAACAUAUUAACCAUCCAUUUCCUAAUCCAAACAACAACAUGCGACUUAGUGAAGUGAAGCCGCAUACUCUCAUUCAACUAAUGAACGACUUUCUUACUCAGGUGAUGGAUGAUUUGGAAACAUCAAAAAAGAAAAAUGAAGAAAUUAGUGGGAAAAUCCCGGAAAUUGGCUAUAUCAACCCUAAUUUGGACCAGUCUGAACAAAGAAGAAUGUUCAACGUGAGUACAUGCUACAACCAGAACAUGUAUCCUCCCAUUUAUCAGCUACCGCAUGGAAACAAUAGUUAUGCUGGAGGAUAUGUUCCAGAUCAAUACAACUUAAAUUGCAUGCGUGCGAUUAAUCAGUACCAGAACCAGAUCCAAAACCAAAAUAUGGGUUUUAGAGAUGAAGGCAUCUCCGAUAAUGAGCGUCAUCAAGAUGGCCAUCCUCCUUAUUUCUGA